AAAAGAGGACAAGAGGAAGACCUCAGAGGAGAUUGAUGGAUGGUAGUGAAGGAGGGCAUAAGGAUGGAUGGUGUGGCAGAAACUACAAGCUGUAUCAUUUGUGUCCACAGAUGUUCAGUUGUUACAUUUUUCUUGGCAGGCUGUGCUGUUAGCUGACAUCCUACCAACACUCUUCAUCAAACUGUUCGCUCCCUUUGUGAUCCACAAAAUGCCUUAUGGCAUUCGAGUGUGGUUCUGUGCCAUCAUGGCAGCAACGAGUUUCCUCCUGGUGUCCUUCUCCUCAGCUGUGUGGAUGAGUAUUCUCGGAGUGAUCUUUGCCAGUAUCAGCUCAGGACUGGGAGAGUUGUCCUUCCUCUCUCUAACAGUAUAUUUCAGCAGGAGUGUACUGGAAGGCUGGGGCUCAGGCACUGGUGCUGCUGGUCUUAUUGGAGCCCUCCUUUACUCAGUCCUCAUCCAAGCUGGCCUCCAAGCUCAGACAGUCUAA